CCGAAUGCAACAGUCUUUCAGGUUUUGUCUUUCUUUGAAUGUUGCGAUGCAGUGUUCCCAUCCAAAAUAGUCAUAGAAUACAGUGUAUCAGCGCUAACUCCCUGUCAUAUAAUUUCUUUCCAUAGGAUACGUCACUGCAACUACUGAUGGGCAAGGCUUGCAUUCUCAGCCUACAACUGAAGAUCUCUCUUCCGCCUACAGCAGAUCUGAACAAGACACCGGCCAAAAGGAGAUGCCAACUUUCCCCCCUACAGUUUUGACAGAAGUGCCACCCACCAGAAACAAAAGCCCCAUCGUCAUCCAGGAGAAUUGCACUUGGUUUGAAGCUCGUAAUGCCUGUCGGGCCCAAGGUCGUAUUCUGGCUGAGAGAGUUGAACUCCAGGAGGGUUUGAAAGCUUGGUUGGGGUUGCAUCGCCAUGGGUUGUGGGGCUACUGGGUUUGGGAUGAUGACAGCCCUAUGGAGGAAGACUCUCAGAAAUGGGGAGAAGGAGAACCAAAUGAUCCCAUAUGGGGAAAUUGCGGGGCAGGUGUAGGCACUGAAGAUGGAGUAAAAUGGGAGAAUGAGUGUUGUGGGCAUAAGCUGUAUUAUGUGUGUGAAUAGGGCAGAUUCAGAUCAUGGAGGAAGGAAGAAUGCUUUUUGGCACUACAGCUCCUAGAAUCCCCAGCCAGCAUAACCACUUAUGUCCUUGGAUGCAUUCACGCUGUGCAAUUAAUACACCAUAACUGCCGUGACUCAAUGCUAUGGAGUUAUGGGAGUUGUAGGUAUGCAAGAUCUUUAGUCUUCUCUACCAAAGACUGCUGGUGGUUCACCAAACUACAAAUCCCAGGAACCUAUAGCAUUGAGGAAUAGCAGUUAAUGGAUUGGAUUAACAUGUUCUCUUUAGGAAUG